GUGUUAUUAUUUUUUAAUCUGUGACUCAGCUGUGUGACUGGCAGACGGAGUACGACUUAUUUAUUGAUUUUAACUCCAAAAGAAUAUAAUUUGGCAUAAUCUCGUAAAAAAAUACAAAUAAAUAUAGUAAAUUGAACAAGAAAGCGGUGAUAGUCGUGGUUAAAUAGUUUAUUAGGCCUGGAAAAUGGGGGCUGUUUUAGGCCUUUGUUCUGCUGCACAGCUGGCAUGCUGUUGUGGCAGCGCAGCGUGCUCGCUGUGCUGCUCGGCGUGCCCGUCGUGCGCCAACUCCACGUCCACGCGGCUCAUGUACACACUCAUGCUGCUGCUCGUCAUGGUGCUCGCCUGCGUCACUCUCGCGCCUGGGCUGCAUGACGAGAUGAAGAAGGUACCAUUUUGUAAUAAUUCAACGGCAUUAAUACCAGGAAACUUAAAAGUUGAUUGUGAUCAAGCUGUUGGUUAUUUGGCUGUCUACAGGAUUUGUUUCGCAACAUGUCUAUUCUUCAUACUCAUGGCUCUUAUUAUGAUUGGUGUACGCUCAUCCAAGGACCCACGUGCCGGCAUUCAAAAUGGAUUCUGGGGAAUUAAGUAUCUGGUGUUGAUUGGCGGCAUAAUCGGGUCGUUCUUCAUACCAGAGGGUUCCUUCGCUUCCACUUGGAUGGUAUUUGGCAUGAUAGGCGGUUUCUGCUUCAUAAUCAUACAGCUUAUCCUGAUUAUUGACUUCGCUCACUCAUGGGCGGAGAGAUGGGUGUCAAAUUACGAAGAGUCGCAGUCGCGCGGGUGGUAUGCAGCACUGUUGUUGGCAAUGUUGACGCUCUUCACGCUCACCCUUACUGGCAUCGUGCUGCUCUACGUCUACUACACUAAGGCUGACGGCUGCGACCUGUCCAAGUUCUUCAUCUCGUUCAACCUGAUCCUGGUGGUGAUAGCGAGCGGCGUGUCCAUCCUGCCGUCGGUGCAGGAGUACCAACCGCGCUCCGGCCUGUUGCAGUCCUCGGUCGUCUCGCUCUACGUCAUGUACCUCACUUGGUCGGCGCUCUCUAACUCGUCGAAGGAGUGUAACUCUUUCUAUGGAGAUGGAAAGUCGAGUUUCGACAAGCAAUCUAUCAUCGGACUGGUAGUAUGGGCUUGUAGCGUACUCUACUCUUCAAUCCGCACCGCCUCCUCCUCGUCGAAAAUCACCAUGUCUGAGCACAUCCUCGCCAAAGAAGGAACUGCAGGCCAAGGAGGUCUGAUUGCUAACGAAGAGGGCGCUGACGGCGGCGAGGCGGGGCGCACCGCUGAGGACAAGAAAGUAUUCGACAACGAAGGUGACGCCGUGGCAUACUCCUGGACGUUCUUCCACGUCGUGUUUGCUCUGGCUACAUUGUAUAUCAUGAUGACGCUCACCAAUUGGUACAACCCUAGCUCCCAGCUGUCAAAGGAAAAUAUGGCAUCGAUGUGGAUUAAGAUUGUCUCCUCAUGGAUCUGCGUGGGGCUCUACAUGUGGACCUUGAUCGCCCCAGCCCUGCUCCCAGACAGGGACUUCAAUUAAACAUACACAUCCAUAAACAUAGAACGGCAAAGAUCUUUUAGCACGUAGCCAUAAUCGGAACUACUGCCGCAUCCUAUAGGAGAAUGUAUGGAGAUGACUGUCAAUGACAUUCAAGUGUCACAAGAUCCUUGUCGAGCAUUGUAUAACACAUAUAGUGACACAGAUCUUUAUUUAAUCUACCCACAUGCAUAAGAUAUAUUGUUGAAAUUAAUUAAAGAUCUCAAAACAAUAAGAACAAAACACUGUUUCGGACUUCCCUAAUUUGACUAAGUACUGUGAUUCAUCUUUCCAUGCUAUAUAUGUACAUACUUAUGAUAUUUCAAUCUUUUUAAUAUCUUAAAAUGUACACAAGCAUGAAAAUUAGGUAAGUAUAGGACACAAAAUGGAAAGUCAUGUAUUUAGUCUUUGUUUACAUUUUAGGACUUUAAUCAUGAUAUAACACUAUCUAUUCUAUUUCAUCUUACUCGUUCUUUAAAUCCACUUUUAUAUUAUUUUGUAGGAGCAAUUCUAGAGCUUUAAAUGUCUGUAAUCUAAUUAAUUUAAAAUUAAAUGCCACCUACUACCA